CAAUCCGCCAGUAACAUUGGAGGAAAAUGUUGGCGUUACCGGUGGAGGAAGUUUAAAAACUUUGCUGAGGCGUUUACCUAUUGUCUGAUAUCGCUAUAUCGCCCCAUCUCCGGUGUGUUCCCAGGUUGCAUAUUUGGUAGCAGUGCUUCAAGCAAGGGUACACCUGUCUUGGAAGCACCUGGUCAGUGGGUCAUCCCAGUGAUGGCUGCCCGACCGUCCGUCUCUCGUGGCACGAAGCGGCUGUCGGCAGAGGUUGACCCCGGCCGCAGGAAGCGUGCCCGGUCCUCGGCGCCCUCCAGCCGUGUCAACGUGGCGGUACGGGUGCGGCCCGCCAACUCCCGGGAAGCGAGCGCGUCGACGGUGGUGCAGGUGGUGGACGACCGCUGCCUCGUCUUCGAUCCGCAAGAGGAGGCGGAGCCCUUCUACUUCAAGGGACAGCAACUCUCCUGCGGGGGCCUGAACAGGGCAAACAAGAACCUCAAUUUUCUUUUCGAUAAGGUGUUCGACGACAGCAAAGACAAUGUGUUUGUCUUCGAGAACACCACGAAAGAAAUGCUCGGUACCCUCCUAGACGGGUGCAAUUGCUCCGUGUUCGCCUAUGGUGCCACGGGGUCCGGCAAGACCUACACGAUGUUGGGUGCCGAGGACCAGCCGGGCGUCGUGUGGCACACGGUGCGGGAGCUCUACUCGCGGGUGGAGAGUCUGCGCGGGGACGGCCAGUCGUGCGAGGUGACGGUGGCCUACCUGGAGGUGUACAACGAGAAGCUGCGCGACCUGCUGCGGCCAUGCUCGCCCACGGACCGCGUCCCGCCCCUAGUGCUCGGAGAGGACCCCAGCAAGGGGGUUGUCGUCUCCCACCUCACUUAUCACAAGGUGGCAGAGGCAGACUCCCUGCUGGAGCUUCUCCACAAGGGAAACCUGAACAGGACGCAGCACCCCACGGACGCAAACUCGGAGUCGUCUAGGUCGCACGCCAUCUUUCAGGUGUACGUGACGCAGACAGAGUGCUUGUCGGGCACAUCGAAGCAAGUGCGGCGCUCCAAGAUGAGCUUCGUCGACCUGGCUGGCUCCGAGCGGUCUGCCGCCGUCAACAGGAACAUUGGCGCACGCCUCCGAGAGGGCACCAACAUCAACCUCUCCCUGCUGGCGCUCGGCAACGUCAUCGACGCGCUCGCCAACAACAAGCUGGUGUGUUACCGCCAGUCGAAGCUGACCCACCUGCUCAAGGACUCACUGGGUGGUUCGUGCCGUACCCUGAUGAUUGCCAAUGUGAGCCCGUCGUCCCUGAGCUACCACAACACCCACAACACGCUCAAGUACGCCGAGCGGGCCAUGAAGAUCCAGCUACAGGCCAAGAAAAACAUUGUUAACGUACGCUGCCACCUGACAAUGUACGCCGGGUUGCUGGAAGACUCUAAAAAGAAGGUGGACAGCCUCACGGCCAAACUGCAAGCUUCAGAGACUGAGCUGCAAGCUUUGAAGGAGAAGGCCGCUCAACUCGAAGCUCAACUCUCGUCCCGACCGGAUUCGCUGGCUCCGACCAAAGCGGAAGUCGAAGCCGUAUCCACGGGCACGCCCGAAGCGCCCUCUCCAAUCAGACCCUCCAAACACGCCGGCUGUGCGAAGUACUUCGUAGAAGCGGCGGAGAAGCUGUUCGCGGCGCGCAAUGCACUGGUGGAGCAACUCUGCGACUGCGAGGCCGGACUCCGCCUGAACACGCUCAAGACGCACUGGAGGAGGCAAGUCCUGUGGGCGCACGGCGUGUUGGCUGGCGAGCUGGAUGGUGUCCCUGAGGCUGAGAGGGCGGACCCGUUUCUGAGUGUAGAACGGGGCCGGCGCCAGCAGCUGCUGGGGCAGAAGGAGGACCUGAAGAACCGGCUGAGGCGGAGCUUCGAGGACUUUGAGGACCUGGCCAGGCAGGCCAAGGACGCACACUGCUGGGAGGCGGUGGAGCUCGAGGUGUCCCGCCUGGAACGCGAGCUGGCCCUGUCUGAGCGAGCCUGCUGGGCGUCCAAGUACCGACAGCUGUGCGAGACCCAGGCCCAGCACUGCGCGCACUGGGACACCCUCAACGGUCUGGCCCUGCCCCACCUGCGCCAGCUGUACAGUAUCCUCGAGGGGCGCAACUUUAUGUGCAACGACCUCCGCAGCACCUACCAGGGGAUCAUCAAGAGGGUGAAAGGCCAGUGCGUGCGGUGGGCGGACGAGCAAGGGGAGAGGGAAGGCACCUCGCUCGACAUCCGCCGCCUCCUUGACGUGCCCACCUGGCACCAGCCGGAAUCAGUGGUGGCAACUGGGAAGGACGAGGACUGCGCAGGGUACGCAGGCGACGCCACAGUGGUUCGCUUUCCCCUGGGAUCUCCGCACCCAAAGCGCUCCAGCGCGACACCCCACACUCCAACGAUCCUCGACAAUGUGGACCCGAACACCACGUUUGACUCGAGCCCAGACAAGUGUUCUGCCCUGGAGUCGACGUUUGUGAUGCACGGUGGAUCGAAGGCUGCUCCCAGCUACACCUUUGGCCCCGGGCCCAGUCUUGCUCCGGACUACAGGAGUCAAAGGACUGUGUCCUUUGUGCAACCCACGGUCCGCUUCCCGUCGUCGUCCAAGGAGAACGUCUUGGGCAACGCAUAUCUGCCGAUCCGCGGUGUGGGACGCAGUCGCAGUCGCGGCCACUGGCCGACGCCGGUGCACACCGGUCGCAUGCGCAAGAGCAUCAGCACCCCGGACGUGAACAGGGCGCUGAUGCACGCCCCAGACUGGGGCGUUGCCGCCAGCGCCGCCAGGAGGGCGGAGGCGGCGGCGAAGGCCAGGGUCACCGGCGCAGCCUCCGCCACCACCAAGGGCUUCAGGACGGCGCAGUUUAGGCAGUGAACGCCGGGUGCGUCGUCGGACCCGGCAUUCUUUUUGUUUAGACUACGAUCCGUUGUGGGUUAAGAAAAAAUUGUAACUAUGCGGGGAGCAAGUCUGUCUGCAUCUUGCACGGGGGUUGCGACGAUGUCGGAACGCCGAGAUCUUAUUGGCCAACCUAAUAAAAUGGCAGGUACAGCUUCAGGCAUCUAGCAUUGAGGUGUACCCACCACCCUUGUCAAGUAAAGCCACUCGGAGCUCGGCGUCGUUCUGACGUCACUGGCACAAGAAGCGGACGACUUGCUCUCCGCAUUGCCAUUUGUGCCCACCCUGCAUCAAGCACCAGAAUGUUGGUGCCCACAAAAUAAUUGGUGAAUGAAGUGUCACUACACAGAGUCCGACCUGUUAGCGAGGCCCGGGAAUUGCGGCGAAUUUUUUGCGGGAGUUGCGGUACUGCUUAGAAAAGUAGUGGAAGUUGGGAACAAGCUUUAAAAUGGCUGGCAACCAGAGAUGUUCUUAUGUCUUGUAUAACCUCUCGUUCUGGGUUUCGGGACCUGUUUGCUGAUGAACGGGACAAAAAAUAUUGGUCUUACCAAGGUGCAACCGUCGACGGUAAAGAAACAUGCUGGAAAAUCGCUUCUGUUCAUAAUAACUUUGCCACUGUGAGGAAUUGUUAUUAAUAUUGGACGACUUGAUUUACGUUCUGCCGAAAUGAGCGCAGGAUUACGCCGAGAAUGGGGGGAAAAUGAUCGCGUAUACUUUGUGCUCACUUUGCUCUAAAUUUCUGAAUUGCAUGUGCUUAGGCCUUUAAAAUGUUGAGCCUUUAGUGUGGUUUAGUCCACGAGAAGCGACGGUAGCAUUAAUUCGCAUGGCCAAGUCAUUUCUUUCAACCAAUCUGUAUAAAGAUGAAAAUGUAUGGUAUAGGCUCAUGUCUUGCUACGUUCUUUCCUGGCUAUUUUGUUUUGCAGGAAAUUGAUGAUACUCGUUCGCACGCUUACUCGCAGCAUUCCCAAGAUGCACCUAGCAAGAAGCUUCAUCAUCACCUUGACCCUGGAACCACAUGGUUCAGUAAUGGGACACUUUAAAUUUUUCUUCUUAAAGAAGCUCUUAAGUGAUUUUUAAGCUCCUCGUUUUGCUCUCUUAAGUGAAUCUAUGAGCUCUAAUCAUCCUAAAAAACCCAAAAUUACAUUCAUGUGCGUUUGACUUGCAUAAUAAAGAAGUGAUCAAAGUUCCCCACACUUCCCACUAGCGCAGAACGACAGAUGGCGCUAUCAAACCUUGCUGAAUGUGGCCGAACGACGGAUGGUGCCUGUCAGCCAUUUGAGAGUGAUGGGUUUCCAUUUGGACGAGCGGGACUGGUUGGCCGCUCGUCCACGUGGGAACCCGUCGCUCUCAGAUGGCCGACAGGCGCCGUCUGUCGCUCAAGCAUAUUCAGUCAGGUUCAGUAGCGCCAUCUGUCGUUCUGCGCCGACGUGAAGUGUGGGGAACUUUGAUCGCCUUUUUAUUACGCAAAUCGGAUGCUCAUGAAUGUAAUUUGGGGUUUUUUAGGACGAUUAGAGCUCAUAGAUUUACUUAUGACAGUAAAACAAAGAUAUCAAAAAGCACUUCAGUGCCCCUUUAUUUACACUCCCAUAUCAAGCUAACUGUAGUCGGUGAUAGGUUAAAGGGGUACGGAAACAAACAUCUCACUCUUAUUUCUCUGUUUAGCCAGAAAAUAUGCUUUGUCAGCACCUUAGAACCACCAGUCUUCCGUUCGUAAAUGCACAAAAAUUAAUUUCGUAACGAAUCAACUGAUUUCUCAAUUUUAUACACAUAGCUUGCAGGUCUCGCCAUUGCUAGGUACCGACGGUCAUUUCUACAUAACGGUUACCUCGAGCUCCUAGUUCUGCCGUGUGAAACUAACACGAUGAACCGGAUGCUCGCAGCACGUAAAAUACCGGCACGGCCGCAAAUGGCGCUCCGGGCAAGCUAUGUAUAGACCACAAGGCAUACAGUCCGGAUAUUACUCUACUACAUAGGGCAGGACUGUCGUGCGUUGACGUUUACUCUCAACCUGUUACCGACUAUAGAGAUUAUGCCGCAUUGUUUAGAAAUAC